AUGAAGCGGAAGAAGUGGACGGAGGAGGAGGAGGCGGCGCUGAUCCGGGAGUACUCGGAGUUGGCGGGGUCGGGGGCUCUAGCCAGGCUCAAGACCAGGGAGAGGAAGUUCCAGCCCAUUGCGGAUCGGGUCAAUGCUCUCCAUCACCUCCGCGACCCUGUUAGCUUCCCCUUCCGCUGGUCCUGGCGCGAUGUCUCAAUCAAGAUCCAGAAUAUGCGCCACCAGUACCUCGGUGUCAAGCAGAAGAUCCGCUUGCCCCCUCCCCUGCCUUCCUCAUCGUCCGCAUCCACUUCUGGAUGCUGCUUCGACUGGUCCUCCGGGGAGCACCACUGGUCCAACUUCCUCCACUACAGGCAGGUCUUCGGGGACAUGGACCUUGACUGUGUCCCCUCCACCUCUGCCGUCGGUGCCGUCAAGGCUAACUCCGGGGCGGGAGGUGAAGGAGAGGGGGAGGAAGAGGAAGAGGAUGAAGAUGAUGCCUACGACGAUGUAGUCAUGGAGGGUUUUGUCAACGACGAGGGUGAGGUCGCUGGAAGCUGCCUCAGACUCUCGGUGGCGGGGGAGGUCAAAUCGGGGUCGAGGUUUGGUGGAGGUGGAGAUGGGAGUGUGGGCCUCUCAGCUGCUAAGAGCCUGGUCGAACUGGGACAAGCUUCGUUAAACAGGGAGGAAAAGAGGAGGGAGAGGGACAGGAAGAGAGAGGAGGACAGGGAGGUCGCAGCGCAGUGUAAGAGGGAAAGGGAGCAUCAAAGAGAGAUGGAUGAGACGGCAGCCAUGCACGAGAGAAGAUGGAGAUGGUCAGAGGAACAGAAGGAUUGGUGGAGGAGGCGAGAACAGCGUUGGGAAGAGGAAGAGAUGGAAUGGAGAGAGAGGGUGCUUGGAAUGCAGAUGGAGCACGAGAAGCAUGUGAUGCAGAUGCACUUGGACUCCUGCCAGGCCCAGACUCAGAUGCUUGGAUUUUUGGUGCGGCUUGUGAGUCAGUUCCUUGGGUCUGCAGGAGGGGGUGAUGCAGGCCUGGGGGGGUUGUCUCACCAAGUGUUGCACAACCUUCAGCAGCAGCAGCAGCAGCAUCACCGGCAGCAGGAUCCUGCAGGCAUGGGCGGGGACAAUGGGAAGAGCGACGCCAGCUCUGCAGGACACUACAUGUAA